GCUUGUUUAAAUAUUAACCUAUUUUAGAUUUAAAAAAAAACAUACCUCAGACCCUUUUUGUCCUCUGACUGUGUAACAAGCCCGAGGGAAGGUUUGUGGGUCUUGUUCUUUCGCACAUUGCAUAAUCUGUUCCCUGUGUACUGGCGAGCAUUUGGAUGUGAUGUGUGUGCGUUGCGUGUGCAAUACUUUUGAUAAUUUUGGUGCAGAUUUAGGGAAUUAGAUCAUUAAAUGCACCAAUUUUUUGUGUAUUUCACACCAAAUAAGGAGUUUUUAUGCCGAUUGUCAGUGACUGUCGGCGAGUUUACAUUUUCACUUUGCGCUCAGGGAUCUUGUUUUUAUACACGGAAAAGAGUACAUGUAGCAUUCAGUUCUCUUAUAUUAAUUUGUAUUUGUCUGUGCCUUUUCCCUCACUUUGCUCACUGUUUUUCAGACACUGCAAUACUGAUCAUUUAAUAGUUCUUGGAAAUGUUGCAUUAUGUAACCACAGAAUUUGCUGGCAGUUAGGGUAGGAAGAGGGACCUAAUUACGCGAUUUUAUAAUCUCGAUACAAAGAAACUAGGACAAUCUCAGGCUAAAAAAUGUCACUGUAACAGAUUUUUUUAAAAGUGUGUUUAACAAGGAAAGUAGUCAAAUGGUAAGUAGGGAGGUAACUCGUGGUUGCUGAAUGUGGUAUAUACCCUUAUAAUGAAAUUUGUGUUAAUCUAUAUUUAGCCCUAUCACAUUUUAGCAAUUGUGGCUUCAUGUGCUAUUUCGGUCUUUUCUCCAGAGCUGGGCAAAUAGACGUUCAAGGCAAUUUGGCUGAGUUUUUAACCCCACGUUUUGAUAAGGCUGCAUUUUAGGAAGGUAUUUCUCCUAGACACUAAGCAUUUUGCUAGGCAUUGGCUUUAAUUUAAAAAAAUAUUAAAGAGAUUGAUACAAAUUUUAUAUCAAGCCAACAGCACCGAAGAAGCAAGAUAGUCUGUCACCUCCCUUCAUGAUCGUAAUGAACCCUGACGAAGUAAAACUCGGGGGAGGAGGGGUGAAGAUGUAAAAGGGUAUCCCAUUCACAUUAAAUAUUGGUGUUUUAGAAUGUAACAUGAGAAAAGCUGAUGUAGGUUAGUAUUACAUUUUAUAUGAAACGAGUUUUUGAUUAUCCUCUGCCUGUGAUCACAAUAAAAUGUACACAGAAUAAUGAUGAUGAUGCUUAAUGAACAAAAUAAGAAUAUUUCCCUUAUAUGUUAAAAACAAUUAAUGGCCCCGAUCCUGCAUUCCUUGUGAAGCCAGAACUGCCACUGGUUUCAAUGGCUGAAGCCGGGGAUACAAAGUCGGGGGCAGGGUCUUUACAUGUGCCCUUAUUGAGAAGACCGGACUCCUUUCUUAGAUGAAUUAAGUUACUUAGAAGGUUCCCAUUACAUCUCUCAAGAAGUAAAUUGGAUCUGAACAUUCUUCUGUUUGAUAAUAUGAAACAAAAGGAAUAAUGCAUAUGGAUUUAAAAGUACUGUAUUUAUUAGGUAGUUAUGGUUUGAGAAGCACUGGAAAAACAGCUCACUCUGUUACUCAUCAUAGAUCUACUAAAAAUUGUUUCUGAUGCAGCUGAGAAAAAUGCAGACCAUUAAAAAGGAACAGGCACCUGUUGACACAAGUAGCAAUGUGGACAAAAUCAUGGUACUUAAUUCUGCUUUAGCAGAAGUGUCUGAAGACUUGGCUACAAAUGAAGACAUAAUACUUAAUGAAGGAAAUAGUGGAAAAAACAAAUCUUCAUCAUGUCGGAGAAAGCGGGAAUUCAUUCCAGAUGAAAAGAAAGAUGCUAUGUAUUGGGAAAAAAGACGAAAAAAUAACGAAGCUGCGAAAAGAUCUCGCGAAAAACGACGACUGAAUGACCUUGUCUUAGAGAACAAACUAAUUGCAUUAGGAGAGGAGAAUGCCACGUUAAAGGCUGAGCUGCUUUCAUUGAAGCUAAAGUUCGGUUUAAUUAGCUCUGCAGCAUAUGCCCAAGAGAUACAGAAGCUCAGUAAUUCAACAGCUGUGUAUUUCCAGGACUAUCAAACUUCCAAAUCAAAUAUUAACUCAUUUGUGGAUGAACAUGAACCAUCUAUGGUGGGUAGUAGUUGUAUUUCUGUCAUCAAACACUCUCCACAAAGCUCUUUAUCUGAUGUGUCUGAAGUAUCCUCAGUAGAGCAUAUUCAAGCAAGUCCUAUACAGAACAAUUGCAGAAGUCCUGAAAAUAAGUUUCAAGUUAUAAAGCAGGAGCCUAUGGAAUUGGAGAACUAUGCAAGAGAGUCAAGAGAUGAUAGAGGCUCCUAUGCAGCAUCCAUGUUUCCAAACUACAUAGUAAAUACCUUUAAUGGGUACUCACAUUCCCCUCCUCUGCUGCAAGUUAAUAGGUCCUCCAGUAAUUCUCCAAGAACUUCAGAAGCUGAUGAUGUGGUCAUAGGAAAGUCAUCUGAUGGAGAAGAUGAGCAGCAGGUCCCUAAAGGUCCAAUUCAUUCCCCAGUUGAACUUAAAAAUGUUCACGCAACAGUUAAAGUUCCAGAGGUGAACUCUUCUGCACUGCCUCACAAGCUUCGAAUUAAGGCUAAAGCCAUGCAAGUCAAAGUGGAAGCAAUGGAUAAUGACUAUGAUGCCACACAGAAACUAUCAUCACCAGUUGACAUGACAUCUAAAAGACAUUUCGAGAUUGAAAAGCACAAUGCACAAACAUUGGUACAUUCUUCUCACACUCCUUUCUCUGUUCAAGUGACUAAUAUCCAAGACUGGUCUCUCAAACCAGAACAUUGGCACCCAAAGGAACUCAAUGUAAAAAUUCAGAGUGGUUGCAAAACUGGAGUUGUUGAAAUUAAAGACAAUGUCUACAAAGUAUCUGAGUCAGAGAACUUGUAUUUGAAGCAGGGCAUAGCAAACUUAUCUGCAGAGGUUGCUUCACUUAAAAGACUUAUAACUACACAACAAAUCUCUGCUUCAGACUCUGGUUAAGUUACUACUGAAUAAAGGCUUAUUGUUUUAAAGGAUGUCAUUUGCAGUAGAUCAAUAUGUUUUGUAUUAUGCUGAAUUUUCACUGGACUUGUGAUGUCAUUUCACUGUAAUGUUCAUAUAAUGUCUGAUUGAUGGUGUCUUUUUGUGCACAAAUUAUUAUGAAGACUAGGUUGUGUUAUGAUCACUAUGCCUUGUGUAUAGUCAAGUAGCCUGUAUGGGGGCUGUAUAUAGUGAACCUUUUCUUUUUCUUGUUGUUGUUGUUCUAUUAUAAAGUGUGCAAGUUACCAGUUACAAUAAAAUAUUGGUGACAAACACAGAACAUCUACUGCAGGUCAAUUGAUUUCUAUAAACAUGUAAAUAUUUUGUUAAUUAUCAAAUAAGAAGUCUUCCAAAAUGUAUUUCAGUUCACCCAUAUACUUGAGGUUUACAGCCUAAAUAAACCAAAUUGAAAUUUAUGACAUACA